UUUAAUUCCCCAACUUCAACCGGAAUAUAGUCAUUAGUCAAAGACUAUGAUUAAUGGAAUUUGGAACCAUUUUUGACUGAUUAAUAUGGCCGCAGAAGCAAAUAAGAUCCGCAGUCGAAUUUUAGAGAUUCACAACUUCAUCAAAAACGACGAAGAAGAAUCAAACCCUUCAGAUUCCGCCGAUUUACUCCACGACUGUGCUCUUCAUGUUCAAAACACAGUGCAACAAAUUGUAUCCGAAUUCUCUGAUAUCGAUUCUUUACAAAAUUCCGAUUUCGAUGCUUAUGUAGAGUAUUUGACAAAGGAACUUAAUGAUGUAAAAGUUGAAUCCACCAAUGUAGCUACCGAGAUUGAGUAUCUUGCGAGAACUCGUAAGGAUGAUUCUAUUAAUUUGGAGGCCAAACUUGAAGAAUUGGAAUGUUCUUUACAAUAUAUUGCAUUAGAGGAGCAGAUGACAGCUGAGGCUAAUGAAGGAAUUGUUUCUCCAAUGCUGGAAGACACUGUCAUGAAUCUAGGCGAAAAUUUGGAGCAAUUGGAACUUGAGAGUAAGGUUGAUGAAAUGAAGGAGAUUCUGAAGACUAUGGAGUGUCUUCAGUGUGAGGUCAAAUGGUUUGAUGCUAUAGAUCAGAUUGACGAUGUAUUGACGGGUCUAAAAGUGCUUGCAUUUGACGAGAAUUGCAUUAGGCUGUCUUUGCAAACUUAUAUGCCAACGGCAGAGAGCAUUUCUUGCCUACAGAGAGUUGAAGAUACCAAUGAUGCAUCUGUGCAGAAUCAUGAGUUAUUGAUUGAAGUGUUUGAGGGGACCAUGAAGUUAAAGGAUAUUCAGGUUUUUCCAAAUGAUAUAUAUGUGGAUGACAUUGUUGAUACUGCAAAGUCUGUCAGUAAUUCCUCAUUGCAAUGGUUAAUACAAAAACUGCAAGAUAGAAUUAUACUAAGCACACUUAGGAGACUUGUGGUAAAUGAUGCUAAUAAAUCAAGGUGAGAGACUGUAAUAUAAUCCUUUCAGUUUGAUGUUAUUAAAUUUGGAUUAUGAUUUAAUAUUCUUUUCACUAU